GUCCUUUGCAUGGCAGUGGGCCAAUAAGGGGUUAAUCCCCCGCCGGAAGGCGGCACAGGAAGUACAAUAAAAGUCCAUCCGGGUCCCCCCGCGCCCAUCUCAAUUUUCCUGUCGAAGAUACCCCCCAUACCAGAGGUGCUACUCUCUCCCUCUGAAGCGCCUGGGACCGAGGUUCUUACCUUGUGUGUGUUCCAGGGGAAGCCGGCGGGCUUCUGGCCUUUGUUGCCGAUGGCGCAAUCAGCCGCAAUGCUGCCUUAACGGAGGUAGCGCAUGCGCGAUAAGACGCCAGCGCCCAUCUCUCUAAUGGCGCCUACGUUUUCACGCUGCGAAUUUACGCACGCGCCUUUUCGCGCCGGUUUAAAAGGACGAGCGCAUCACAGGUUAGUUCCUCUUAUGAUUUCAAACGAACUGGCUGGUGUUCUUUUCUGGCAAGACAAGACUGAGGAAUCUGUGUGCACCUGUAUUCUCGAUUGAUCCCAGGUACUGUCAAUUAUGAGCUGCAGACGCUCAGGCUCCAGGGGGAGUCCCCCAUUAAGAGAGGAAUCUCAAAGAAGGAAGACUCCCAGAACUGAUUGUAUUGCAUGCGGAGAAGCAGCAAUUCUAGGCAAAAGGCUCUGUGAGAAGUGUCUGCAGGAAGUGGCUGGGCCCUCCUCUGAUCAACUGCACUCUAUUAAAGACUGGAUGCAGACUACCAUAAAAAAAUCUAUGAGUGAUAUGGUCAAUGUAGUUACUGAGAAAGUACUACACAAUCUAGAUGAAAGACACAAGGCACCCUCCUCUAUGACUGAGGUCAGUGACAGACCUCACAGGAACACGCACUACUCCAGUGUUUCUGAAGGGGAGCUAUCUUUAACCGAUCAAGAAGAAGAAGAACAGUCUGAAGAUACCUGUUCUUUCAACCUUGAAUACCUAGAGCCACUCAUCAAAGCAAUGAGAUUUUCUCUGGAACUUGACAAUACUGAGGAUACUCCUAAACAUGACAAAAUGUUCAGAUCAGCGGUCAAAAAAGGAGAAAAAUUCCCGGUACACAGAGUCAUUAAAGAAACCAUUUUAGAGGAAUGGAAGACGCCAGAUAAAAAACUUAAUUUCUCCAGAAGACUUAAAAAGAUGUAUCCAUUCGAAGAAGAGGACUCAAAACUCUGGCAAGCCUCCCCUAAGGUGGAUGCGGCCAUCACUAGAGUGGCUCGACGUACUACCUUGCCUGUGGACGAAGGAGUCUCGCUAAAAGAUGCGAUGGAAAGAAGACAAGACAUGACACUCAAAAAAUCGUAUCUAACAUGUGGAAUGUCCAACCAAGCCUCCAUAGCCAUUACCACUCUGGCCAGAGCCAACCACAUUUGGAUAGAAGAACUGGAACAAGCUGUCAAAGCGGGAACAGACAGAAAAAAGCUUAUUGAAAUGAUCCAAGAUGUCAAAACCGCAAACGAAUUCACUACGGAAGCAUCCAUGGAUCUUGUCAGACUCUCGGCCAAAGCUAUGGGCCUUAGUGUGGCGGCCCGUAGAGCUCUCUGGCUGCGCCACUGGCAUGCUGACCCGCAAAGUAAACAUAACCUUUGCUCCCUCCCAUUUGAAGGGUCACUUCUGUUUGGUGAAAGACUCGACAAAAUCAUAUCCAAAGCCUCUGCAGGAAAAUCGGCUUUUCUUCCUCAGGACAAAAGAGACAAGAGGCCCUUUAGAAAAAAUCCCCUGCAGGAGGCCAAACAGUAUAGACCGGGAAAGCCCUUUACUAGGCAACCCUGGAGAAGAACCCAGGGACAAGGGGCACCUGGAAGAAGGGACUUCAAACAGGACAAAAAAUCGGCAUGA